CACUACGGAAGGUGAAGCCCUGCGAAACGGAUGGAAUCUUUGUCGUUUUGUCCUGGAUCAGUUCUGGGCAAGAUAGAUUCGGGAGUAUCUACCGGACUUGACUCGACGGACCAAGUGGCAAGAAGAUGUGAAGCCUAUCCAAGAAGGUGAUGUCGUUUUCAUCGUGGGCGAGGCUAUUCGCAAUCAAUGGCCUCGAGGCAAGGUGUUGAAGGUCAUCCCUGGAAAAGAUGGUCGUACUCGACAAGUGGAUGUUCAGACCGCUACAGGAAUUCUUCGCCGUCCCGUAGCGAAGCUAGCCGUGCUGGACGUACAUCCGAAAGGUAAUCCUGCUGGAUCGGAGCAGCAUUACGGGGAGGGGGAUGUUGCGGGAGGCGUUACAACCGUCAGCGCGGCAGCAGAAAUGGACCACAGGGAUGCUGCAGGUUUGACGGACGGCUUGUCACCCGUUAGCUUUAAUGGUAUGAGUAGAUGAAGAUAGCUCCAAAUGUCAGGUAGAAUAAACAAAAGUGAGAAAUGUGGCUAAUGAAUGGCAUGCAGUUGAAAGUUUCUUACUAAAAUUUGUUAAAACUACUUAAAUUUCUAAUUGGAAAACUAUGAAAUAGGAACCGUGAAUUGUAAUGAAUUUCCUAUUGCUUGUGAGUGAAAAAUGCAGAUUGAUUCCGGAAGAUUGAACUAACUAUUGCAAAAAAUCUACAUUUAUAGGUUAACUUCCAAGCAGAAUUUAUACUCUAACUAUAACUUAAACUACACAUCUAAUACGAUCAACAACGACUACGACUGUAGAUUGACUAGAUGAAUUAUCACAGGACGGUUGUCAGGACGGAAAGAAUUGACUAGAGACACGGAGUUGUGAGUAUUGAUUGAUCAUAGUUCAUUAAGGUCUGUAAAUCAUAAAAAUAUAUCUAUUUUAGCUUUAAAGCUUCUUCCGAAAUAAAUGGAUUCGCUAUUAGAACCGUGAUCGCUAUUCUACGUCUUGGACCGCGCCUACAAACUUUAAAGAACUCCUCUCGAUGAGAACGGUGCUGCUGUAAGUAGUUCAUCUGAUCCCGGAGGUCAUCUAAAGGACAAUCCUAUGAUGCCCACAACUACGCGAGCAGCGGCGGCGAAAGCCAAUGCUGGCAGACCUCAGAGCGUUUGCGAGAAAUGCAAAAAAUCUGACCAUGUAGCAGGAAUGGUAGCUUGCGAUAAGUGUCAUCGUUGGUACCAUCGCACGUGCAUGGAGAUGACUGAGACGCUGGACGGUAAGUGGACAUGCAAGGGCUGCAUCUACACGGUGACCAUAAGUGAUCCUUCGAUGUCCGGAAAAAGCAGUAGCAGUUCCCGGUCGGCACGAGUUCGAUUGCAGCUCAUGCGGCUGGAAGAAGAGAAAAAGGCCCAGGAAAAGGCGCUGGAGGAGAAAGCCGCGAUCGAAAAGAAAUAUCUGGAGGAUAAAUACGCUCUGCUACUCGCUGAGGCAGAGGAGGACGAAGGCAGUCAGAGAAGUCGGCGGAGCCGAGUUAGCCGAAGUAAUCAUUCGGUGCAGCAGUGGAUUCAAGGCUUGGACGGAGCUGCUGGAGGUAAUCCAGUGUCCGUAAAUGACAUCGAAGACAUAUUUCCGCCAGUAUCGAUUGGCACUGGUAUUCCCGUAGCAAGUAGCGGACAAGGUGGAGGAAUGUUGACCAAAUACACCGGAACAUUGCCUAAAGUCCCAUCAAAUCCGACGAAUGAACGAGCGCGCUCCGGAGACAAGCAACCAACAUCUCGACCUGCUAUCGAAUGGGCAACUGAUCACGCUGGUACUGGUGGCAGGGGUUCGGUCGCUGGUGUAAACAAUCCGAUCACAGCGUCCACACCAAUUCGAUCGGCUGAAGCAGUACGAAGUUCCCGUUCGAUGUAUAUCCAACCGCUGUUUACACAACCAGUGUAUACUCAGCCUGCGUGUGCACAAUCAGCAAUGCCUCCACCUAUACUUCCAAAGCUCGUUCCUCGACCGGCUCUACCUACGUUUUUGUUUGCUGAACCACUAUCGAAGCCUCCACCUCCACAAUCACGCGUUUCAUUUCCGUGUAUUAGCGAAGCAUCGUUACUACAAGCAAACGACAAACGGCCGGCGGUAUCAAUAAUCGAUUUGCCUCCGUCGAGUUCAACACCGCAACAACAAACCGAUGUGCAGCUCGAAGAGGCGGCGACUUCACAGCUCCCCUCUGUUUCCCAGUCGUCGCAGGAGCCAGUGAUCCAGCAGCAAGCUAUUGUGCAACCAACACCGACAACACAAGCGUCGGUCAACCCUCUAUUGCCACAACAGUUGCACACACAGCAGCAACAAUCGAGAUCGGCGGCGAGCGUUCGGUUUGAUGAAUGGUCACUUCCACCGUCUGCGCUGCGAGCACCGCUUUCGUAUACCCCACCUCGACCGCCUCCAGUCGAUUUUGAUGCAAUGAGUGAGGAUUCUUCGGUACAUCAAACGAUGUCGUCGCAUCGAUCGCCACAACAACCGGCACAGUCUCACGUUACUCAGCAGCAUCAGAUGCAGGAUCAGCAGGCAAUGUGGGGGUACUUUCAACAGCAGUUGUCUGCCCGGCAGGUUGUGCCCAAGGAGCUCCCAACGUUUACGGGAAAUCCUGAGGAAUGGCCACUUUUCAUAAGCAGCUACCGCAAUUCUACUGCUAUGUGUGGCUAUUCGCAGGCAGAAAAUUUGAUGAGGCUGCAGAAGUGCCUCAGAGGCAAAGCAUUGGAGGCAGUCCGGAGCAAUCUAUUGCUGCCGUCAUCGGUCCCGAAAAUUAUGCAAACGUUGGAAACAUUGUUCGGGAGCCCAGAGCGACUGGUACAGUCGCUGCUUAUCAAGGUUCGUAACGUGCCUACUCCGAAAGCUGAAAGGUUAGAGACGUUGGUAAACUUCGGUCUCGUCGUUCAGAACCUUGUUGGGCAUCUUCAGGCCGCCAAUCAACAUGCCCAUCUGAACAAUCCAACACUUCUACAGGAGUUGGUGGAUAAGUUGCCGCCACAUCUCCGACUAGAUUGGGCGCUUUACAAAAGAAACGCUGGACAAGUAGACUUGGGAUCAUUUUGCGACUACAUGACUGCAAUCACGUCUGCUGCCAGUGAUGUGGCGCAUUUCACCGACUUUGAUGGAGUUCGACCCUGCGGACAGGACAAGCAGAAAAAAGAGAAAGCGUUCGUCAAUGCUCAUGUGUCUGAGCCCCGGAAGCUUGAGCAGCAUGGAAAGAAAGUUGUCACUCAGGACAGGCCGUGUUACGUGUGCCAAAGCGUUAAACACCGAGUCAAAGACUGCAGCAAGUUUAAAUCUUUGUCGCUCGGAGAACGGUUGAAAACUGUUGAAACACACCAGCUUUGCGCAGUCUGCCUAGUGCCUCAUGGAAGAUGGGUCUGCAAGUCAGCGCGAACUUGUGGUAUCGGAGAUUGCACCAAACAACACCAUCCAUCACUUCAUCCAUGUCAGUCGGCCGCCACUAAACCGACCGCUCCUGAAAGUUCAGGAGCUCGUGCAAAAUCCGAUGCCACGAUCAACGUUCAUCGUGGAAACCAAAGCGCGACGAUAUUUCGUGUAAUCCCGGUGGUGCUGUACGGUAAGGAUGCCAAACUGUCGACCUUUGCAUUUCUGGAUGAAGGUUCGUCGUCGACGUUAAUCGACAGAGAAGUUGCCGAUCUGCUGAACCUUGGUGGGACAUCGCAGCCACUUUGUUUAACGUGGACAGGGAAGGUGGCUCGUCACGAAAAAGACUCUCGACUGGUCAGUUUGGAAAUUUCCGGUGAGAACAGCAGCAGAAGUUUCCCGUUGUCCGGUGUCAGCACAGUGAGGCAGCUAGAUCUUCCUGUACAGACUAUGCAGUAUGAAGAAUUAGCUAGAAAGUAUCCCUAUUUGUCCGGGCUUCCGGUGAGAAGCUAUGAGGAAGCCGCGCCGCGUAUCCUGAUUGGACUAGACAAUAUAAAGUUGUCGCUACCCCUCAAGACACGCGGAGGACAGCUAGACGGUCCGGUGGCGGCUAAAACGAGGCUCGGAUGGACGAUCUUCGGGAGCAUCGACAAUGCGAAGGUGGAUUCUUUGUCUCCUGUUUUCCACAUUUGUAAGAGUGCAGAAGAAAGUAGCCUUCACGACCUAGUUAAAGGCUAUUUUGCAACGGAGAAUCUUGGGGUUUCGGUCACGUGUGGUCCAGAAGCUGAAGAAGAUCGCCGAGCAAAGGAAAUUCUGCAACGAACGACGAUCAAGCGUGCCGACGGUCAUUACGAAACUGGAUUGUUAUGGCGGUACGAUAUCAUGGAGCUACCACCUAGCUAUAGUAUGGCUGAGCGUCGACUGAUUUGCCUUGAGACGAAGCUGAGAAAAUAUCCGGAACUACAAGCGAGUUUGGACAAACAGAUUACCGAAUAUCAGAGCAAAGGUUACGCUCACAAAGCAACGGCUGAGGAAUUGGAGUUAAACGAUCCUCUUCGAACGUGGUACCUCCCACUCGGAGUGGUAACAAACCCCAGGAAGCCCGGGAAGGUGAGAAUCAUUUGGGAUGCGGCGGCCAAGGCGCAUGGAGUGUCUCUGAACGAUAUGCUCCUCAAGGGACCGGACCUUCUCACUUCGUUGCCAGCUGUGUUAUGUCGUUUUCGGCAGCGAAAGAUUGCAAUUGCAGGUGACAUCCGCGAGAUGUAUCACCAGCUGAAGAUUAGACGAGAAGAUCGGCAGGUUCAGCGGUUUCUGUACAGAAGUGACACGACGAAGAAACCAGACGUAUUCGUGAUGGACGUGGCCACGUUUGGCUCGACAUGUUCGCCCUGUUCGGCCAACUUUGUCAAGAACAAGAACGCGAUGGAAUGGAAAGACGAUUAUCCAGAAGCGGCGACAGCGGUAGUUGAAAACCACUAUGUGGACGAUUACCUGGAUAGUCGAGAUUCAGAGGACGACAUGGUGAAACUGGCCACGGACGUGCGAAUGAUCCAGGAAAGCGCCGGAUUUGAACUGCGAAACUGGCGAUCCAACUCCAAGAAAGUGCUGCAACUCAUGGGUGAAGAAGUAACGGACCGCAGAAAGGAUUUCAGCGUCGAUAAAGAAAGCCAAAUGGAACGCGUCCUAGGCAUGGUCUGGCUACCCGACGAGGAUGUUUUUGUGUAUUCCGUGAAGUUACCGAAUGAUUCCGACUGCCCAGACUCAACAAACACCAUCACGAAACGAAGUGUCCUUAGAUUCGUAAUGAGUGUGUUUGAUCCGCUUGGACUAAUAUCAAACCUGCUCAUCCAUGGUAAGAUGCUGAUCCAAGACCUUUGGAGGGCUAAGGUUGGAUGGGACGAGGCUAUUCCAGCUGAAAUAUCCAAGCAGUGGGAACGAUGGAUCGCACAGCUUUCCAAACUGGACCAAAUUCGGAUCCCGCGUUGCUAUUUUCCCGGAUACGAUCCGGAUAGUUUCCAAACGAUGCAGUUACAUGUAUUCGUGGAUGCGAGUGAGUCGGCCUUCGCUUGUGUCGCCUACUUUCGGAUCGUCGAUCGCGGCCAGCCAAGAUGUACAUUGGUAGCCUCCAAGGCGAAAGUUGCUCCCUUAAUCUCGAUGUCCGUUCCUAGAUUGGAACUGCAAGCGGCGGUCAUUGGUAGCCGUUUAGCAAAAUCCAUUGCCGAGUACCACACGAUUCCCGUGCGACGCAGAUUUUUCUGGAGCGACUCCACAACAGUCCUAGCGUGGAUAAACUCGGAUACAAGGAGGUAUCGCCAGUAUGUAGCAGUGCGUAUUGGAGAGAUCCUAGAAGAAACGGAACCUGAAGAGUGGCGUUGGAUCGGAACAAAGCUUAACAUUGCAGACGACGCUACAAAAUGGGGAAAGGGUCCCACAAUGCAAAUGGAGAGUCAUUGGUUCACUGGACCUGAUUUUCUGAUCCAGUCGGAGAGCAACUGGCCGCAUCAUCGGCCGUUAUCAACGGGCACUAAAGAAGAACUGCGUGCUAUACAUGUACACCGAACAAUACUAAUACAACCAAUUAUCAAGUAUGACCGGUUUUCUAAGUGGGAACGAAUGCUUCGCGCCAUGGCAUUUGUAUACUCCUUUAUGGAUCGUCUGCGGAAACCCGUUAAGAACGAGACCGAUUCGCAAUUGAAGCAAGAAGACUUGGUACGGGCGGAAAGGACGUUGUGGCGGCUCGCUCAAGCAGAAGCAUACGCUGACGAGAUUGCUGCUCUUGAGCAAAUGAAAACGUCCGAAAACAGCAAACCUUUGAAAUUGGAAAACAGUAGUCCUAUCAAACAACUAUCACCGUUUCUGGAUGAGUUCGGCGUCAUACGCAUGCAAGGUCGAACAGAGGCCUGUGCGCUAGCACCGUAUGAUGCGCGGUUUCCUGUAAUAUUGCCAAAAAACCAUCGGGUAACUGAGCUCUUGGUAGACUGGUACCACAAACGUCUUGGUCACCACAACAGUGAAACCGUGGUGAACGAAAUACGUCAAAGGUAUCACAUUUCGGCUCUUCGGACGAUGGUGCGACAGGUGGCGAAGCAGUGUCAGUGGUGCACUGUGUACAAGGCACAUCCAGUAGUGCCUAGAAUGGCACCUCUUCCAGAAGCCCGCGUGACUCCGUUCGUUCGCCCUUUCUCGUUGGUUGGAAUUGAUUAUUUCGGGCCGUUUUUGAUAAAAAUCGGCCGUAGUCAGGUGAAACGCUGGGUGGCUCUCUUCACAUGUUUGGUGAUUAGAGCAGUACAUCUGGAAGUAGCCGCGUCACUAUCUACGGAAUCCUGUAAGUUAGCUCUGCGGCGGUUCAUCGCGCGGCGAGGUGCACCGACACAAAUCUACACUGACCAUGGAACAAAUUUUGUCGGUGCCAGUCGAGAGCUGGCCGGAGAGAUAGCUGCAAUGAAUCGCGAGUUGUCAGAGACGUUCACCGAUACUAGAACACGCUGGUUCUUCAUCCCGCCGUCCUCCCCGCACAUGGGAGGUGCAUGGGAGAGGAUGGUCAGAGCGGUGAAAAUAGCUAUGGAGUCCAUCAACAAAUCUCGCGCUCCAUCAGAAGAACGAUGGUCAACUCAAGACCAUUGA